AUGGCUGCCAAAAGCAAUCCACCGGAAUCAUCAACAUAUUCCGGUGAUUUUCAUUAUCAAAUAUGGGGUGAUAAACGAAAACGUUGUCGUGUAUGUCAUCGUUUAAAUAAACGUAAAGCAACGUAUUAUCAUUGUGCAUCAUGUAAGGAUAUGUUUGGACGUAAUAUUGGAUUAUAUUAUUAUAUGACAGAUUCAAAUAAUGCCCCAUACAUAUGUCCAUGUAGCAAAGCGUAUAAAUAUAAACGUAAUUUACUCGCACAUCAAAAAUAUUCGUGUGGUGGCCGUGGAUUGAAUAAAAAUUUUAAAUAUAUUACUUACGAAUUUACUGUGGAACCAGAAAGAACACGACCAUUCGUUUGUUCAUACUGCCAAAAAUCAUAUAAAUAUGAACGUAAUGUUCGAUUUCAUCAAAAAUAUGAAUGUGGACCAAUGGGCGAAAAAAAACAUUUCCAAUGCCCUUUCUGUGAAUAUAAAGGAAAACGGAAAUUUGUGUUACAUCGUCAUUUGUUAUUACGUCAUAAAUAUCUUAUUAUGCAAGUGUUUGUACAAAUUGUGGGAAAAUGUAUAGACAUAAAGGCUCAUUACAGCGACAUCAAAAGAUUUUUUUGCAAAAUUUGUGGAAAAAACUACAAACAUGAAAGUUCAUUAUGGCGUCAUGAGAAAUUAGAAUGUCAAUUAGAACCACAAUUUCAAUGUUCAUUAUGCCCAUAUAAAAGUCAUCAAAAAUCGAAUUUGAAAAAUCAUUUACGCCGCCGUCAUAAUUAUUUUAUUAAUACAAUGCAAAUAUGUUACACAUGUGGAAAAAAUUAUAGACAUCAACGAUCAUUAUCGCGUCAUCAAAAAUAUGAAUGUGGAACAGAUCGUAAAUUUCAUUGUCCAUAUUGUGAUUAUAAAGGAAAACGGAAAACUACCACAAUGCAAAGGAUGUGGAAAAUAUUACCGACAUGUUUGCUCCUUAUAUCGUCAUGUGAAACUUUUUAUAUGUGUAACAUCUGUGGAAAAUGUUACAGACAUCGACGAUCAUUUUCACGUCAUCAAAAAUAUGAAUGCCAAAAAGAACCAGGUUUUCAAUGUCCUUUAUGCCCGUACAAAGGACAUCAAAAAUCUAAUAUGGAAGCACAUAUUCGUCGUAGGCAUCGAUUUAAAAAUGAUUAUUUAUUUGAAAAUGCAUACAAAUUUUAAUUUUAAAUUUUCUACCAUUAAUAAUUUGAAAUAUCUGUAAACAAAAAUUGUGUAAAUAAAUGUUCAAAAGUUGUACAG